AUGCUUAGCGGACGCGUUGCCCCAACGGCUCUGGGCCCCUUCACCCACUCCAGCAGUUGCACCACCCCAUUGUACCAUGCGAUCUCUCAGGCCCGGAAUGCAAGCACAUCCACGCUCCGAGGCCACGGCCAACGCAGCGCCCAUGCCCUGAAGGCCACGGCCGUCCGCACGCAGACCCCGCUUCCCUCCUCUCCGAUCCUUCGACGUGCGAACUCGACCGCCGCUGGUACCACCGAGUCCGUCAAGCUGGACUGGAACUCGUUCUUCAAACUCCGCGCCAGCCGCCGGCGAUACACGCUUGCUUCGUCGAUCGUGACUUCGAUGGCUAGCACGGUCGUGGGUGUGCAGAUUCUCUCAACCCAGGAUCUGGAGUCUCUCGGGGCCCAGGUCAUGGGUCUGGAUCCGUUCGUCGUUCUGGGUAUGGCGACGGCGGCCUGCGGUGCCGUGGGCUGGCUCAUCGGACCGUUCGUUGGGAACGCCGUAUGGGGGUUGGCGUACCGGAGAUAUAAACCGUCUGUUAUGGUGAAAGAGAAGGAGUUCUUCGACCGCAUCAGACGAUUCCGCGUCGACCCGUCAUCCAACUCGAUCGCGAACCCGGUCCCCGAUUACUAUGGCGAGAAGAUCGGCAGCGUUCAAGGAUACCGGCAAUGGCUGAAGGACCAGAGAGCCUAUAACCGCAAGAGACGUCAUUUCAUUGUUUAA